AUGGCUACUCAGACAUCCCACAGCCUCCUGCUGCCGCCGAGUGAGGCAAUGCGCAUCAAGAUAUUGGAUCUGAUGACCGAGCAUGGCGACGAGUAUGAUCCAACGGCUGAUGAGCCGUUCUUCGACAAAAUUGCGACACUUGUCGAGCAACGCUUCGGGGUGAAAGGCCUCACUGGGCCUGACAUUAAGACUCGUGCUCACUUGGCAUCAGUUUGCCGGGACCGGCGCGCUCCAGGCGCCAAGAUGGACCCCGGAUCCGACCUUGAGAGAGCGGCCGAUCGCUGGAUCGGUGUCUCGUCGGCUCUGGGCCAGGGACGUGCCGUGGCAAACAAGGCUAAGCACCUUGACAGCCGGACGGUGGACUCGCUGCUGCAUGCGGCUAUCGGCACCCUCGAGACCCAUCAUGUCGUCUUGAGCAGUCCCGACGCCGCUCGGGCUGAUUGGCAGCAGGCCGAAGUUGUCAUAGGCAUUCCACUGAUCAUGUCGGUCCACCGAGAGUUCCUAACUACCAAACAAAUGGAUCUCAUCAUUCAAAACAAUAGGAACUCGGCGGCCUUGAUCCAGGCCAGCAACGGGCAUGGUCGCACGCCUAGACACACGCCUAGCGAUACUCCUCACCACGCAUUGGGCCCGCUUGAGGGCAUCGCUGCUGUCCAGGAGUCCUCGCCCUCCAACCACGGGGCGGUGGCGGGAAAUGGAGAGGGCUCUUCGAGGACCCGGCCCGGGCUUCCAGUGCUGGAAGGUUUUACGUCGUCCCCGUCUCCCCGCCCCGAAGCCCCGGUGAUGGGUGGUGAGAGCUAUGGCUGCAAACCUGUGAAGCAGAGACUGCAGGAGGCGGCGAAGUCCCACGCCAUCCGCGAAAGCACGGCGGACGUUCAUCAUAAGCAGUGGGAGGACACCUACGCGGCGGCAAUGGGCGCUGCCAAGCUGAAGCGGGAGAUGUCCGAGAAGGAGGCGGAGGAGCAGCCGUCGUCAUCGUCGUCAUCGUCAUCGUCAUCGUCGGAGAACGAGGCUCCUCCGCCCAAGAAGAGGAAGAAGAAGCUGUGUGAUGACGAGAGGCGGAUAAAGAGGGAGAGGAAGGAAAAGAAGAAGAAGAGGGACAGGAAGCAGAAGACCCUUCAGUGAGAAGGGAGAAGAGAAGAGGCAGAAGCUCCUCAAAUGAGGAGAGGCAGCUGCGAGUCCAACCCUGUUCCCCAAUGUUAAGAUAGUAUAGACGGACGGGCUUAGAGCUACUUCCACUUUUUUUUUGUGGCGGGGGAAGCUUCGGGAGUGGACUUGGAAAGGAUUUCUGCCAAAUAUGGAGGAGUAUUCUAGGAGGCAGUGAGGUCGAGCAGCCAGGAUGGGAGGUUUGGACUGCUUUCCUUUGCUUGUGGGUUCUUAAGGCUGUGGUAAUGCCCAUGAGGCGUGUUUGUAUCCCAGGUAAUCAGCAUAGACACCGAGCGAGCCAGAAGGUCCAGAACCCUAACGGCCUAACUCAUACUUCUAUUCUCCGCG